AUGACCCUGGGUGACGGCGACGUUGUAAAUAACAUGUACGAGCCCGACCCGGACCUCUUGACCGGAGAGAGUGCGGGGGACGAGACAGAAGACAGCAUCAUGUCCCCAAUCCCCAUGGGGCCGCCCUCCCCGUUCCCCACCAGCGAGGACUUCACCCCCAAGGAGGGCUCACCCUACGAGGCCCCUGUCUACAUCCCCGAGGACAUCCCCAUCCCUCCGGACUUCGAGCUCCGAGAGUCCUCCAUCCCUGGGGCCGGGCUGGGCAUCUGGGCCAAGAAGAAGAUGGAAGUUGGGGAGCGGUUCGGCCCGUACAUGGUGGCACCCCAGCCCACGCUGAAGGAGACGGACUUUGGAUGGGAGCAAAUCAUGACAGAUUCAGAAGUGUCGUCGCAGGAGGGCUGCAUCAAAAAGCUUCCAGAGGACCUGGGCAGUGAGAAGUUCUGUGUGGACGCUAACCAGUCUGGGGCCAGCAGCUGGCUCAAGUACAUCCGCGUGGCCUACUCCUGCGAUGACCAGAACCUCACCAUGUGCCAGGUCAACGAGCAGGUUUACUAUAAAGUCAUUAAGGACAUCGAGCCGGGAGAGGAGCUGCUGGUGCACUUGAAGGAAGGGGCCUACUCCCUGGGGACCGCGCCGCCCAGCCUGGAUGAGGAGCACCCCUUCCGCUGCGACAACUGUGACGAGCUCUUCCGGUCCAAACUGGACCUGCGGCGCCACCAGAAGUACGCGUGCGGCUCCGUGGGCGCUGCGCUCUACCAGGGCCUGGCCGACGAGCUCAAGCCCGAGGGCCUGGCCAGUGCGGGCAGCGGGGUCGGGCAGGCCCAUGAGUGCAAGGACUGCGAGCGGAUGUUCCCCAACAAGUACAGCUUGGAGCAGCACAUGAUCGUCCACACGGAGGAGCGGGAGUACAAGUGUGACCAGUGUCCCAAGGCCUUCAACUGGAAGUCCAACCUCAUCCGCCACCAGAUGUCCCAUGACAGCGGGAAGCGCUUCGAAUGUGAAAACUGCGUGAAGGUGUUCACGGACCCUAGCAACCUGCAGCGACACAUCCGCUCGCAGCACGUGGGCGCACGGGCGCACGCCUGCCCUGACUGCGGGAAGACCUUCGCCACGUCCUCAGGCCUCAAGCAGCACAAACACAUCCACAGCACCGUCAAGCCCUUCAUAUGUGAGGUCUGCCACAAGUCCUACACGCAGUUCUCCAACCUGUGCCGGCACAAGCGCAUGCAUGCUGACUGCCGCACACAGAUCAAGUGCAAGGACUGCGGGCAGAUGUUCAGUACUACCUCCUCCCUCAACAAGCACCGGCGCUUCUGCGAGGGCAAGAACCAUUACGUGCCCGGCAGCAUCUUUGCGUCCGGCCUGCCCCUCACCCCCAGCCCCAUGCUGGACAAGGCGAAGCCCACUCCCACCCUCAACCACACCAGCCUGGGCUUCAGCGAGUACUUCCCCUCCCGGCCGCACCCCGGCGGGCUGCCCUUCUCAGCGGCACCCCCGGCCUUUCCUGCGCUCGCACCUGGCUUCCCCGGCAUCUUCCCGCCGUCCUUGUACCCCCGGCCACCUUUGCUACCUCCCACGCCCCUGCUCAAGAGCCCACUCAACCACACCCAGGACGCCAAGCUACCCAGCCCCCUGGGGAACCCCGCGCUGCCCCUGGUCGCUGCUGUCGGCAACAGUGGCCAGGGCACCGUGGUGGCCCCGGGGGUGGACGAGAAGUUUGAGGGCGUCCUGGAGGAGGCGUACGUGGAGAAGCUGAAGGCCAGGCACAGCGACGUGUCCGACGGCAGUGACUUUGAGGACAUCAACACCACCACGGGCACAGACCUGGACACCACCACGGGGACUGGCUCGGACCUGGACAGCGACGUGGACAGCGACCGAGACAGGGCCAAAGACAAGAGCAAGCCGGCCGAGGGCAAGCCCGAGUUCGGGGGCGGCCCCGCGCCCCCGGGGGCCCCGCACGGCGUGGGUGAGGUGCCUGUAUUCUACUCCCAGCACGCCUGCUUCCCGCCACCCGAGGAGCAGCUGCUGAGCGCAUCGGGCGCCGCGGGCGACUCCAUCAAGGCCAUUGCCUCCAUCGCCGAGAAGUACUUUGGGCCGGGCUUCAUGGGCAUGCAGGAGAAGAAGCUGGGCUCCCUACCUUAUCACUCCAUGUUCCCGUUCCAGUUCCUGCCCAACUUCCCCCACUCCCUGUACCCCUUCACGGACCGCACCCUCGCCCACAACCUGCUGGUCAAGGCCGAGCCCAAGUCACCCCGGGACGCCCUCAAGGCCGGGGGCCCCAGCACUGAGCGCCCCUUCGACCUCACCACCAAGCCCAAAGAGAACCAUGUCUACGGGGAGCGCAAGCUGGCCGAGGGGCUGCCCAGGGUGUCCCCCGCGCCGCUGCCCCAGCAGCCCUCCCUGCACUACGCCAAGCCCUCACCCUUCUUCAUGGACCCCAUCUACAGGGUAGAAAAGCGGAAAGUGACCGACCCCGUGGGUGUCCUCAAGGAGAAGUACCUGCGGCCGUCCCCGCUGCUGUUCCACCCCCAGAUGUCAGCCAUCGAGACCAUGACGGAGAAGCUGGAGAGCUUCGCAGCCCUGAAGGCCGACUCCAGCAGCUCCCUGCAGCCCCUGCCUCACCACCCCUUCAACUUCCGGUCCCCGCCCCCCACGCUCUCAGACCCCAUCCUCCGGAAGGGCAAGGAGCGGUACACAUGCAGGUACUGUGGCAAGAUCUUCCCCCGAUCAGCAAACCUCACACGGCACCUGAGGACGCACACCGGGGAGCAGCCAUACAGGUGUAAGUACUGCGACCGCUCCUUCAGCAUCUCCUCCAACCUGCAGCGGCACGUGCGCAACAUCCACAACAAGGAGAAGCCCUUCAAGUGCCACCUGUGCAGCCGGUGCUUCGGGCAGCAGACCAACCUGGACAGGCACCUCAAGAAGCACGAACACGAGAACGUGCCAGUAAGCCAGCACUCUGGAGUUUUCACCAACCACCUUGGGACCUGCGCCUCCUCCCCCACCUCCGAGUCGGACAACCACGCACUUUUAGACGAGAAAGAGGAUUCCUAUUUCUCGGAGAUCCGCAACUUCAUUGCCAACAGCGAGAUGAGCCAAGCGUCCGCCCGGCCCGACAAGCGGCCGGACACCCAGGACCUGGAAGGCCCUGCCCCAGGCCCCGGCUUAGUGGGUGAAAAGCCCGAGGAUGCAGAGGAAGAGGAGGAGGAGGAGGAGCUGGAGGAGGAAGACGAGGACAGCCUGGCAGGCAAGUCCCAGGACGAGGCCACGUCGCCAGCCCCUGAGCCGCAGGGUGCCUACGGGGACGAGGAGGAGGAGGAGCCGCCUGCCCCGCUGGCCGUGGGCCUUGGCCACACGCGGAGGUGUAUUGAGGAGGAAGAAGGCAGCCUGUUAGCUUUGGAGCCGAUGCCGACUUUUGGGAAGGGGCUGGACCUCCGCAAAGCAGCUGAGGAAGCAUUUGAAGUUAAAGAUGUGCUUAAUUCCACCUUAGACUCGGAGGCUCUGAAACAGAGCCUGUACAGGCAGGUUAAGAGCCAGGCCUAUGCAAUGAUGUUGUCCCUCUCUGAAGAUGCCCCUCUCCACACCGCUGCCCAGAGCCCCCUGGAUGCUUGGCUGAACAUGGCCGGUGCCACGUCGGAGGCCGGAGCCUUCAACCCCAUCAACCACCUCUGAGAAACUUAGGAGGUGCUGGGCUCCAAGUCCCAAGCCAGGUGACCACGGAGUCCCCGCUGCCCCAACACAAGUCUCAGCUGCCCACCGGGGACAGUGGAAGCAAAGGUCUCCGGGAAGCCAUGCGGCCCAGAGCCGGAGGAGUCGCCAUCACCUGCGCCCAGCCACCCCUCAGCGUGGACUCUCACCCACUGUGGCUCGGUCCCGACUUUCCCAAUGAAAACUCAGAGCCCAGAAGCCCCUGAAGCUGAAGCCACCCCACCCCCACCUCCAAGGAUUCUUCGUAAAAGUACUGCUGAGUCAUGGGGUGCACACCCCACUGGCCAGCUCAGGGACCCGCCUCCAUAGGAGGCGAGGAGUCCAGUCACCUAUGGGGCCCAGGGGCCGCUUCUGGGCAUGGCUGGUUUCCUGGAAGAGAGAGUGGCCAGCCCGGGCCGCUCCAAAGAGGCUGACCCCGCCACUGAUUUUAUAACACAAGAUACACCAACACCCCUUUUGGUAACUUCAUUGACCCAGAGCCCUUCUCCGCAUGUGGUUUCAAAAGACAGUAUUUUUCACAAAAUCGAAAAUGACUUGCAAAUUGUUUUGGGGUUUUUUUUGUUUUGUUUUUUUAGCUGUGAUUUGACGUUGCUCGGAGGUCUCCGCUCAUUGGCAAACCCGAGCCCACCUCGGGCCAGCGCGGGGUUCGGGUCGCUCUUUAUACUGUAGAUAUAGAGACAUUUUCUACCCCUGAUGCUAUUUGUACCCACCAAGGGGACCCCGGGGACCCCAGAGGCAGAGCCUGCGAGGCGUGGGGCUGACUCCCGCUGGCAAGAUCCCAGAGCAGCUUGGAUUCUUCAACAAGGCAUCCUGGGUCUGCCGGAGGCUUGCCGGAGGCGGGGGGCCAGGAGAGUGCCUGACGUGGUUCCUCUGUGUCCUCAAGGUCGCCGGAGGAACCCGAGACCCCAUCUAGGACCUCCCCACCCCCAUUGUCUGGGGAUGUCGGGAGCUGGCCACCCUGGUCCCCAGCUCAGAGGGGCCGCCACACUGGACUCUUUCCUUCCCAGGUUUCUGUCUCGGCAGACCCUGAGCUCACCCCCAUGGGGAGGGGGACACCUUCUGAAGAACCUGCUGGCCGAGUCCCAGGACUUCAGCCUAGCACCCCCAGCCAACCCCAACCAGACAGUGGCAAGGGAACUCUCGACGCCAGCAACGCCAAGCCCUCCCUGUGCCUGCAUCUCAGACGAGGACUCGGCUCCCAGCAGCCACCUGUGCCCUUGGCCAGGCUCUGGGCACCAGGCAGGUGUCUAGAUGUGGCCCCCACGGGGAGAGGACAGCUCCGUCUCCACAAGGCCAUGCUACCCUGCUCCCUUGGAGGGGCUUUAAAUUAUUCCCAUAGGGGCCAACUUUGAAAUAAUAAUGUUUUCCCGAUGGAAUGUCCCUUAAUCUGUAUAUAACUUGUAAUUUUUUUUCUAAUUCAUUUCUUUUCCUAUUUUAUUUCCUCCUUAACAGUAUUUUUUGGCAUUAGACACCCUUAUUGUGAAGAAAUGAUGUUAAUAUAAGUACCCAGUGAAGGACCAAAACUGUGUAAUAAGGUUGUGUGUUGUGUGAUCAAUAACCAGGGCAUGGGUGACUGUUGAUGUGCCAAAUGACACUCCCCUACCCCCUGCCGCCGCAUCCCUGGAGAGUCCUGCUUCCCCCCUCCCCACUGAUAGUCCCUGACAAUCACGUGUCUGUCCCACAUGCUUCCCAGUCACACCUGCAUGCACCACGAUGCGCCUUCUCCUUAUUACCUCCAUGUUUGCAGAGGGGCAAGGAGCCCCCGUUGGCCAUAGCAAGUGUGGUGGUAUACUCCGUUUUGGGGUGUGUGUCCUGGGUGUGUGUCCCAGAGGAGGGUCAGGCCAGACAAUCGUUCCUGUAAGGGGUGGGGGGCUGCAUCAGGGAGCUCCCAGGAGAGGCA